AUCUCGUUCGUAACGGUUGUUUUUAUUGUAAGUUUUGCUUGCGGUCGGUGUUGCAUUGUCUUGUGACGGUUAUGCGUGACCCAAGCGAGUACGAGCGUAUAUUGUAUUCAGUUCUCUCGCGUUACACACACUUCUGUUGUAAAUAGUUGAAAGGUGUGCUGGUUCGUUCCGUGGGCUCUCGUGUAUCAUUUGUGCGGUGUUAUGGUUGUGUAGCCGAGAUUUCGAAUCUGCCGCCGCCUUGCUGCUGGUUCGGUUUUCGUUUACAUGCAGCCUAUAGUGUAGAGUAUAGAGCUGUGCUGAAUUGGCAGUGCGUGUGGCUUAGCCAAGUGUUUAAAGGUUGCAUUAUUUGCUAUUUCCAGUGUUGAAUGUCAAUUCGUUCAUCGGAGGUGCGUUAUGUGAAACCAUUACUUCGGAAGAGCAGUGUAAAUCAUUAACCCCACAGUGACCCCACUCAGAAUUUGAACCCAAGAAGUUGGAUUAAUUAAGAUUGAUACCGAAAGGGAGUUUCCCUCACAUACCUAGUGAAGCGUGGAUUAUUCGACUCUAGAGGAGAAUCACACCAAUACAGACAGAUAGCUGUGCCAAAUCGGCACUGCAUCAGCAUGGCCCACCGGCGGUGUCUGACCUGUUCGGGUGUGCUAUCGCUGUUACUGUUACCCCUGGUCGCAUGGGCACAGCAGACCAGCCCUACUGAUACCACCCGGUACAACCCACUCGAUCCGUUCAACCGACAACGCUUCACUCCGGCUACCUCAGGAAGUGUACAACCUCAGGGAGGCACACCGGCAUCCGGUUUUCCUACCGAUCCCCGAAACCCCAACUAUAACCGAGACUACUACGGAACGGGAAACGUAGAAACGAACAGUAUUGAUAAUCGGUUCGAGGCAAACCGCGACCGUGACCGCAACCGGGAUGUUCUAUUUCAAACCAGCACCACGCGCGACUUCAACGUAAAUCGUUUUCCCACGACACCUCGGUCACGAACCAGUUUCAAUGCAGGCGUUAGUCGAAACUCUUUCUUGGAUAGCGUAGUCAACGCAAUGAAUAAAGAGAUCACUUACUUCGUGGUAGCUUCGCGGAUGGUUCGGCCGGGCCAGAUUUACAAAGUAUCCGUGAUUCUGCUGGAGACGCAACAUCCCCUCACAGUUCGGGCGAGUAUCUCUCGUGAUGGUGUUGAGCUUAGCAGUGAGCUGAAGUUGGUACGGGUUGGAACACCGGAAACGUUAUUGAUGCGAGUUCCGCCAACCAGUGUGGUUGGUGAUUACAAGCUACGGGUGGAAGGAUCCUAUGAGAACACCUUUGGCGGUUACGUAUUUGCAAACGAAACGAAACUUACCUUUUCACAGCGAUCAAUGACGAUAUUUGUACAGAUGGACAAACCGGUUUACAUGCAGGGUGAAAUGGUACGGUUCCGAACGAUUCCCAUCACAACAGAGCUGAAAGGAUUCGACAACGCAGUUGACGUUUACAUGCUGGAUCCAAGUGGUCACAUUAUGAGACGUUGGUUGUCCCGUCAGUCCAAUCUUGGAUCGGUCAGCUUGGAAUAUAAACUAUCCGAUCAACCAAUAUUUGGUGAAUGGAAAAUCCGGGUUAUCGCUCAAGGUCAAACGGAGGAGGCAACGUUUACCGUGGAAGAGUACUAUCAGACGCGCUUUGAGGUGAAUGUCACCAUGCGUGCUUUCUUCUUCCAAACCGAUCCGUUUAUUUACGGUAAAAUCAUGGCGAAUUUUACCAACGGAACACCCGUUAAGGGAAACCUGACAUUGAAAGCCACCAUCAGACCGAUUGGUUGGAUGAAUCCGAAAGCAAUCAACCAUAUGAGUCGCGUUUGGAACACGGGAAAUCGCAGGGAGCUGGACCCGAGUGUGCCCUAUUAUUUGCAAAACACCGAUCCCGAUUUAUACAAUGCACAAACUUCGUACAUUAGUCAGCUGGGACAGGAAAAUCAGAACUACGAUCAAAAAUACCAACAAAACACUGGCUUCCAAGACUCGUACAUCAUUGAGAGGCACUAUAACUUUGACGAAGAGUGGCCAUUUUGGGUGAAGAAGCCUGUAGAUACGGACGCCCAGUGGGACUCUUGGACCAAUACUUACCGAGAAAGUUUACCAUAUCUGCGGUACUUCAAUGGAACGUACAAUUUUCGCUAUCCAAUGUCCGAAUUAGCUCAGUUAUUCCCGAGCAAUAUGGCCGGCAUGGAAGUUCUGAUAACGGCGAGAGUCGGAGAGCGGUUCUACGACGAAGUUAUCGAAGGCUACGCCAUGGCGCGGGUUUACAAUUCCUCUAUCAGAAUUGCCUUCCUAGGAAGUUCGCCUCAGGUGUUCAAACCGUCGAUGCCGUUCACGGUGUACUUGAUUGCAGAAUACCACGAUGGGUCACCUCUACCGAUCAAUCCGUUCUACCCGGGUCGAAUGGAAGUCUCUGGCUCGAUUGACAGUCGCUCCGGUGGUGGUCGAAAUAGCUACGAAGUGCGUCAGCUUCAAAUGUCCGACAAACCUGGCGUAUGGGAGUUGAAGAUCGAUCUGCGGAACGAUUUGAAUCUGGAUUCUAACAAACAAUCCAAUGAUUUUUUGAACGAAAUCCAAUCGAUGCGUCUCUCAGCGACCUAUAUGGAUCCAACUGGGGAACGGGCCUCUACGGAACUGCUUCUGCUGUCACACUUCUCACCAAAUAAUCAAAACAUCAAAGUUUCAACCAGCACUAUUGACGCCAAGGUUGGCGAAUAUAUUAUUUUCCAUGUGCAAAGUAACUUUUAUACCAAGGAUUUCCACUACAUUGUGAUGUCCAAGGGAAUCGUUUUGGUUACUGGGCAGGAGAUCUUGUCCGGAGGCGUCCGAACGAUGUCGGUGACGUUGAGCGCAGAGAUGGCCCCGGUUGCCACGAUUGUGGUGUGGCACAUUGGACGGUACGGUAAAGUGAUCGCGGAUAGUUUGACUUUCCCGGUGAAUGGAAUUUCGAGGAAUAAUUUUACGGUGUUUAUCAAUAAUCGAAAGGCGCGAACGGGUGAGAAAGUGGAAGUCGCAAUUUACGGUGAGGCUGGAUCCUACGUGGGACUGUCCGGUAUCGAUUCGGCCUUCUACACGAUGCAGGCUGGCAAUGAGCUUACCUACGCUCAUGUCAUCACCAAAAUGGCAUCAUACGACGAGCAGACGAAUGGCACAUUUAAACAGACCUGGAUUUCGCACGAAGGGGACCCGGAUGAGCUGGUGUACUAUCCUAGUUCAACAUUCGGAAUCGAUGCGAAUCGAACGUUUGAAUUUGCCGGACUGGUGGUGUUUACCGAUGGUGUUAUUCCGAUGCGUCCGUUGGCGUGUGAUGGUUCUCUGAACUAUAGUGAAUGCUUGAAUGGAAGGUGUUACCGUAGCGAUAAACGGUGCGAUGGAUAUUUCGAUUGUGAGGAUGGUACCGAUGAAGCUGGUUGCGACGCCCGAAAUACUACCGCGUUGGCAGAGUUCCGAAAGUAUCGUUUUAAUAGAAUCUUCCGCCACUAUCAGAACGUUUGGCUUUGGAAAGACAUCAAUAUUGGACCGCACGGUAGGUUUAUCUUUAAUCUAGAAGUUCCGCAAAUUCCGGCUCUCUGGAUGGUGUCGGCUUUCGGCGUUAGUGCGACCCGUGGAUUUGGUAUGGUGAAAAAGCCGAUUGAAUACGUUGGAAUACAGCCAUUCUUUAUCAACCUCGAAAUGCCCACGGUUUGUCGGCAGGGAGAGCAGGUCGGUAUUCGUGUCGCAGUGUUUAACUAUCAAACAGUCGAUAUCGAAGCCACUGUGGUUUUGCACAGUUCACCCGAUUACCAGUUUGUGCAUGUGGAGGAAGAUGGCAUUGUAAGAUCGUACAACCCUAAAACGUCGUUUGGAGAACAUCAGUUCUACAUCUAUCUAUUGGCUCAGGAUUCCACCAACGUUUACCUGCCGAUUGUUCCUACCCGACUCGGCGAAAUUGAAGUGACAAUACACGCGUCAACCCUGCUUGGGGCUUAUCAGUUAAGCCGAAAGAUUAAAGUGGAAGCUGACGGUCUUCCGCAGUACCGCCAUCAGUCAACGUUGCUUGAUCUUAGUAACCGCGCGUACUUCUUCCAGUACAUGCAUGUCAACGUAACCGAAACACCGAUUAUUCCGUACGAAAUCGAACGUUACUACGUAUUCGGUUCCAACAAGGCUCAAAUUUCGAUCGUAGGAGAUCUUGUCGGUGCAAUUUUCCCAACUAUGCCCGUGAAUGCAACGUCGCUGCUGUCUCUGCCAAUGGAUUCGGCUGAGCAAAAUAUGUUCAGUUUCGCAGCUAACUUUUACACGAUCCAAUAUAUGCGUGCGAUUAAACAGCGUAACAAGAAAACAGAGAAACUUGCCUUCCACUACAUGAACAUCGGCUAUCAAAAACAACUCAGCUACCUGAUGCCGGACGGAUCGUUCUCUCUAUUCCGUGCCGAUUGGAACCAAUCGGCCUCAUCGGUGUGGCUUACCGCCUAUUGUGCCCGCAUUUUUGCCGAAGCAUCUUUCUACGAGUACGAAAAUUUCAUUUACAUCGAUCCGAUCGUAGUCCAGAAAAACGUUCACUUCCUGUUGCAACACCAGAAAGAGGAUGGAUCUUUCUGGGAGGUCACCUGGCUGCCAGAUCGAAAGGUCAACCAAUCGUCGGAAAAUCCGCGCAACGAAAUCGUCCGUACGAAAAACAUCACUCUCACGGCACAGGUGUUGAUAACGUUGUCAUCGGUGAAAGAUCUUUCUGGGGUACUGGGUUCGAAAGUGGCAUUGGCAGAGCAAAAGGCAUCUCGAUUUAUUGAGCGGAAUCUUGGUCUAAUAAAAGACUACGGUUCGCCGUACGAAAUCUCGGUGAUCAGCUACGCACUGGCAAAGGCGAAAGCACCCCAGGCCGAGCAUGCAUUCAAAAUUCUAGCUAGUCGGAUGAGAACAAUAGCCGACCUUGCCUACUGGGGUAACGACGAGGUGCCGCAGCCACCGAGUAAGUUGGAAAAUCAGAAAUACUUUAACCUACCCAGGCUGCCGUACAAGUACGAUGCUAUGAACAUCGAGACAACGGCGUACGCUUUGAUGACGUACGUAUCGCGACAGGAAACGUUUACCGUUCUACCGAUUGUGCGAUGGCUGAAUUCGCAACGUCUCACGGACGGUGGUUGGGCUUCCAGUCAGGAUACCGGAAUCGCCAUGAAAGCUCUCGGCGAAUACAGCACCAGGAAUCGAGUCGCGGAUGUGACUUCUCUUACGCUUACGGUGGAGGCCACUUCGCUACCGGGACAGUCGAAGGUGUUAAACAUCGGAAGACACAACCUGGCCGCCACUCAAAGUAUAGAGAUCCCGAAUGCCUGGGGUACUGUCAAAGUCCAAGCGAAGGGUGUUGGUUACGCAAUUCUUCAAAUGCAUGUGGAGUACUCCGUUGAUUCUCCGAAGUUCCAAACCAGUCCACCAGUGCCAGCGUUCGAUCUAACCACUCGGACCAUCUUCCACGGUAGGAAUCAGUCGCAUAUCAGCUACGUCAUCUGUCAGAGAUGGACCAACACACAGGAAUCUAUUCGCUCCGGAAUGGCUGUGUUGGAUGUUGCCGUUCCAACUGGGUACAUGAUCCAGCAGCAGAAAUUGGAUCGAUACAUUCUUAGUAGAAGGGUGCGCAACCUUCAACGCGCUCGUUACCAAGAGCGAAAAGUAUUGUUCUACUUUGAUUACCUGGACCACGAUUACGUGUGCGUGAAUUUCACUCUCGAGCGUUGGAUGCCGGUGGCAAAUAUGUCUCGAUACUUACCGAUUCGAGUCUAUGACUAUCACGCACCUGAACGUUUCAACGAAACCAUUUUCGAUUCCCUGCAAACCUACCUCCUUAACAUCUGUGAAGUGUGCGGCAGCUCUCAGUGUCCGUACUGUUCGAUUUAUAAUGCCGCAGUCCGAAAUCCGGUUUCGGUGGCGCUGCUUCUGGUGGUCAGUGCUUUAGCCGUAGCUCGCCACUAUCGAAUAACGAAUCCUAACAGUUGGAUCUUCUGGAACGAUUAACCGAUGAGCGCAUUCAGAGUCAACCAGAAUGCUACUGGAGUCCUGCCACGUAAUGAGUUUGACGUGUAAAUAAUCGAUAAUUUGCGAAACCAAGAAUCUCCACUUCAGAGAACAGCAUGCGCGAGUAUAAUGUGCAAAUAAGUUUUUGUUUUACCCAAGACACGUGGAACGGAUUUUAUAGUAUUAUUCAUAACGUAACACUCAGAUCAUACUUUGUACAACUCUGUCGCAUGAUUCCAUCCAAAGCAUUUUCCGUUGUCCCGAGUUGGACAACUCAACCGAAAUGCAUUUUCAUUUGCCGCGCUAGAGAAAAACAAUCGUUGAGUGCUAGAAGCUGACAAACGGAGAACUAUGAAGUAGUAGUUAUUGUUUUAUCUUUUGUAAUCUUCCGUUUAGUACGAAUUGUAUUCGUUCCGUAGGUUUUAUAGGUUUAAUCUCACGCAACCGAAAUCUUCAGGCCGUCCAAAUUAUCUGGUCAUAAGUUUGUAUAAUUUUAAGUCACCUUUUUUUUUUAAUUUUAAUCAGACGAACGAAACCCAUCCAUGAAUGAAACUUAACUUUAUGAAUAAUUAAUAAUGGCAAUCUGUAGUGUUUAGCAUGUCACCUGAGUCAUGACGCAUCAUCAUCGUACUGUAGACUCUAACCCGUGUUUGUGAUCAGAUUUAUGUAGCCUUCCGCUAGAGGAGGCAUUUAGGCAAAUAUUAACACAAAUGGACGAUACAAAUUGCCAAGUGCCUUAAAAGCCAUGAUCAACAAGCGAACCUCAGUUUGAGUGCCGGUUAUAAUAACAAGCGUUCAAUUGCAAGAAAUAGAAAAGUUGUAUUUUUUUAUGAACAUAAAAUUACUGUAGAAAAAAUGCAGCAUGGCAAGAUGUUACCGUCUUACAAGUGCUGUAAAAGGGGAACUAUUUCUAAAUAAAUUUUCAAAACAAUUAAUUUUCAUGUUUUGGGGUGUUUGUUCAAAACACAUUGAACGAUUUUCUUA